UAGCCGCGGGCCCCGGCCGGGCGCUACGCUACGGAGGCGGCGUAGGCGGGCCGGCCGGGCGGGCGGCGCUCGGCGGCUCCGGACGCAGCGCGGGAGCCGGCCGGGCCGCGCCGCCUCCGCGGCAGAAGUUGUGGACCGGCCGGCGGCGGCGAGCGGGCCCGGGGCUGGUGCCUGGCAGCCGUUCCCGUCGGGCCCCUGCGUGCUCCUCGCCUGCCGCUGGCCGGAUGUCACGGGGCCAUGGGGAGCUCUGCGUCCUCGCUGGCCGCGGAGACCGAGUCUGAACAUGGCUUCCCUGCAGGGCCGCCCUACCCGAGGGCCCCGGCAGCGGCCAGCUGUUGUAGGAGUGGCCCCGGGGCCCCCGUGUGGGCUGGCGCCCUGCUGGCCCGGCAGCACCCGCCCCUGCGCCCCCGGGCCCGAAGCCACACGCACUCGGGGCCUAUGGCCGCAGCUCGGGAAUGGUCCUGCGGGCGCUGCACCUUCCUCAACCCGGCCGGCCAGCGCCAGUGCUCCAUCUGCGAGGCCCCACGGCACAAGCCCGACCUGGAGCACAUCCUGCGGCUCAGCGUGGAAGAGCAGAAAUGGCCCUGCGCCCGCUGCACCUUCCGGAACUUCCUGGGCAAGGAGGCCUGCGAGAUGUGCGGCUUCGCCCCAGAGCCCCCGCCGGGAGCCGCCCUGCUGCCUGUCCUCAACGGGGUCCUGGGGGAGCCACGGGCCCGCAGCAAGGAGGAGGCGGGCCCUGUGCCCACAGCAGAGGAGGCGGGGACAUGCCUUGAGGAGGAGCAGGAGGUGGACGGGGGCGCAGUAGAGCCAGGGGGCGGCUGGGCCUGCCCCCGCUGUACCCUGUGCAACACCCCUGUGGCCAGCUCCUGCUCAGCCUGCGGAGGCCCCCGGAAACUCUCCCUGCCCCGCAUCCCCCCUGAGGCCCUUGUGGUCCCGGAGGUGGUGGCCCCUGCCGGUUUCCAUGUGACGCCACCCCCUGGGGAGGGCACCGAGGUCGACCCCCCUGCCGCGGGCCCAGACCCCUCCCGGCCGCCCUUCAGCCCCUUCUCCCCACCCCUGCAGAACAACCCUGUGCCUCGCAGCCGGAGGGAGGUGCCUCCCCAGCUGCAGCCGCCAGUGCCUGAGGCAGCUCCGCCAGCGUUCCCCCAGGCCCCCGGACGCCCCGGGGCACCUCGCCUGGUGGAGCUGCUGGUGGGCAAGCGGCUGAGCCUGCUGGAGGAGGAGGCGGCCGAGGGUGGCCCUGCCCCACGCCACUGCGGCUCCUGUCCCGCGCCCAGCCCGGCCGGUGCUGCCAGCGCUGAGGCCGGCAGCAGCGACCUCAUCGCCCUGGCCGGUGACUCCGUGCGGUACACGCCCGCCAGCCCCUCCAGCCCUGACUUCACCACCUGGUCGUGCGCUAAGUGCACCCUGAAGAACCCCACGGCGGCCCCCAGGUGUGCCGUGUGCGGCUGCUCCAAGCUGCAUGGCUUCCAGGAGCACAGCGACACGCCGGCCCGCUGCCCUGACUGCGGCGCCGCAGACAGGCCUGGCUCCUGUGCGGCCCACAGGGUCCCCCGGCCCCUCCCCGCAGCGCCGCCAGAGCGCCCAGGCCAGUGGGCCUGCCCGGCCUGCACCCUGCUCAACACUCCGCGGGCCAAGCACUGCGCCGCCUGCCACACGCCCCAGCUGCUGGCCAGCCAGCGCCGGGGCAGCACGCCACUGCGGCGCCGGGAGAGCGUCCACGUGGAGAAGCGGCGGCAGACGGACGAGGGCGAGGCCAAGGCCCUCUGGGAGGACAUCGUGGCCUUCUGCCGGGAGAACGGCGUGAGCUUCGUGGACGACAGCUUUCCCCCUGGCCCCGAGUCCGUGGGCUUCCCGGCCGGGGACAGCGUGCAGCAACGCGUGAGGCAGUGGCUGCGGCCCCACGAAAUCAACUGCUCAGUCUUCAGGGACCACAGUGCCCCCUGGUCGGUGUUCCACACCCUGCGGCCCUCUGAUAUCCUGCAGGGCCUCCUGGGCAACUGCUGGUUCCUGAGCGCCUUGGCGGUCCUGGCUGAGAGGCCUGACUUGGUGGAGCGCGUGAUGAUCACCCGCAGCCUGUGCGCCGAGGGCGCCUACCAGGUGCGGCUCUGUAAGGACGGCACGUGGACCACGGUGCUGGUGGACGACAUGCUGCCCUGUGACGAGGCCGGCUUCCUCCUGUUCUCGCAGGCCCAGCGCAAGCAGCUGUGGGUGGCCCUCAUCGAGAAGGCCCUGGCCAAGCUGCAUGGUUCCUACUUCGCCCUCCAGGCAGGGCGUGCCAUCGAAGGCCUGGCCACUCUCACAGGCGCACCCUGCGAGAGCCUGGCCCUGCAGGUCAGCUCCACCAACCCCCGGGAGGAGCCGGUGGACACUGACCUCAUCUGGGCCAAAAUGCUGAGUUCCAAGGAGGCUGGGUUCCUCAUGGGUGCCUCCUGUGGGGGCGGCAACAUGAAGGUGGACGAUGCAACCUACGAGAGCCUGGGCCUGCGUCCCCGCCACGCCUACUCCAUCCUGGACGUGCGUGAUGUCCAGGGUUCCAGGCUCUUGCGCCUCCGGAACCCGUGGGGCCGCUUCUCCUGGAAUGGCAGCUGGUCGGACGCAUGGCCACACUGGCCUGGACACCUGCGCAGCGAGCUCAUGCCACACGGCAGCAGCGAGGGCGUCUUCUGGAUGGAGUACAGUGACUUCAUCAGGUACUUUGACUCCGUGGACAUCUGCAAAGUGCACUCGGACUGGCAGGAGGUGCGGGUGCCCGGCUGCUUCCCCAGCUCUGCCUGCGGGCCCGUGGGCGUCACGGCCCUCACCGUGCUGGAGCGGGCCUCACUGGAGUUCGCCCUCUUCCAGGAGGGCAGCAGGCGCGCCGACUCCGUGGACAGCCACCUGCUGGACCUGUGCGUGCUGGUCUUCCGGGCCUCCUUCGGCAGCGGAGGCCGCCUGAGCCUGGGCCGGCUGCUGGCGCACAGCAAGCGGGCCGUGAAGAAGUUCGUCAACUGCGACGUGAUGCUGGAGCCCGGCGAGUAUGCUGUGGUGUGCUGCGCCUUCAACCACUGGGGCCUCGCCCCGCCAGCGCCCCCCUCCGCUGCCCAGGCCUCCAGCCCCUCGGCGGGCCCCCCUCGCUGGGCCACAGAGCCGCCAGGCCACGUGCUGGCCGUGUACAGCUCUAGGCUGGUCAUGGUAGAGUCCGUGGAGGCCCAGCCCACCACGCUGGCCGAUGCCAUCAUCUUGCUGACUGAAAGCCGGGGAGAGCGGCAUGAGGGCCGCGAGGGCAUGACGUGCUACUACCUGACCCACGGCUGGGCAGGGCUGAUCGUGGUGGUGGAGAACCGGCACCCCAAGGCCUACCUGCACGUGCAGUGUGACUGUGCCGACAGUUUCAACGUGGUAUCCACGCGGGGCAGUCUGCGCACGCAGGACAGUGUGCCCCCCCUACACCGGCAGGUCCUCGUGAUCCUGUCCCAGCUAGAGGGCAACGCCGGCUUCUCCAUCACCCACCGCCUGGCACACCGCAAGGCAGCCCAAGCCUUCCUCAGCGACUGGAUGGCCAGCAGGGGCACCCACAGCCCCCCACUCACCCCUGAGGUGGCAGGCCUGCACGGGCCCCGGCCACUGUGACCCCCCCUGCCCAAGCACUUUAGGAGGGAGAUGCAAACAGAGGACGCUUGAACCAGAAUCUCAGGACCCCCCCACCUCCCAGGAGCCGCCCUCACGGCAGCUGCCCUGGACCCUUCUCCCCACCCCCUCCUGGCCAGGCCCUCCGGCCACUCAGCAGAUACCUCGAACCUGCCUGUAGCCCGGUGGGCUGUGUGCUUGCCCCCCGCCCCAGCCACCUGCGGAGGGCAGGCUCAGACCCCCGAGUGAGAAGGCGCCUCCAGGACCUGCAGCCCCCUGGGUGAGGCAGCCAGGAAGGAGCCCCCUCCUCAGAUCAGGUCUGGGCCGGCUGAGCAGGGACCAUCCCCCGCCCUUGGGGUCUGAACCCCAUCCGACUGAGCAGGGACCACCCUGGGAGGCCCAGAACUCCGACUUCGCCCCAGCCCCACCCAGACAAGACAGCAGCACUCGGGGGCGGGGGGCCGGCACUCAGCCGCGGGGCCUUUUGAGGCCUGGGGCCUGGCGCUGUCCCUCUGGUGACAACUAUGCAAUCCCUGGACCUCCUGCCCCUGAUGGAAGCCAUGGCCGGGCCUGCAUCUGGGGGCUGUGAGCACAGCUGCCUGCGGGCAGGGCAGGGGCCGUCUACGCUGCAGGAUGAGGUGGCCCCACUGCCCCAGCCCUCCCCCACAGCUCCCCCAGAUCUCCACUGCUUCUGGGACCCCGGCUGCCCAGCCGACUGCCCGCACCAGGGGCUCGUGGGGCUUUGGCACCAAGAAAGCCGGGAAGCACCAUCCCCUCCCCUGCUCCCUGUUUUUAUUUCCUCUUUCUCUGAGCUGUGAAUAUUUUUAACCCUGUAAAUACGGCUCUUCCGACAGAGACUAUUUUAUCAGCCGCCAGCCCCGACUUCCCCGGUGGUUUCAGACUCAGGCUCCAGGGACCAAAUAGAAAUGUUUUGUUUUGUA